AAGAAUAUAUUUUUUUCAGUAUUAUACUUUAGGACAGUUGUUCAGAUAAGUGAACUGUAAAACAGUGCUGUGUCUUAGGAAUAUCGUAAAGUAACUGAAAGUUUCGUUGUAAAAUGCCGUUUAUAAACAAGAAAAAACUUGCAGCUAGAAACCGCCUACGAAGACUGUGUCCCGAGAACGCAUCCAGAAUCAAAACAACUCUGGAAAUAUGUAGUUCUGCCUCGGUUUCUACAGAUUGUGUGAAGGAAGCUGACCAAGGAGUUAAGGAAGACAGUUUGCCAAACGAUAUCGAUCACGGAGAAGUGCAGGAGGAGGAUACUACGUUGUGGGAAGUGGAAAUUGUGGCAGAAUGCGACGAGAGCCAGAUACAACUGGACCCAAUAUCCAUUAUCGAUGUUGGGCCCGACAUUAAAAUAGAGAACGAUUGUUCAAGCGAAAAAACGACAAUUGCUGACGGAUUAAAAUGCGACCAGCCGCCGAUACAAUCGGCCAGUUUUCAACAGAUAAUACCCGUCAUGGAACGAUGCAAGUUUUGUUUACGAAUACUUGACGAAACAAUCAAAAUGCUGUUCAGACCUGGUCAGCUUCAUUGGAAAAAGAUAGAAUUUGCUCUAUCGAUUAGUCUGACGGUUGAACCGCUAUGCUGCGUAAGCUGCUGGCAGAUGAUAGAUUUGUUCGAUGGUUUCAAACGUUCUUGUCAAACGGCAUUUUACAAACCGGAAGAACUUCUUCGGUCUAGACAAAAUGGAUUGGGCAGUGAACCGGCUCCGAAGCAGGUGCCAGCUUUCGUUAAAGCUCCAGCACCAGUUGAUUCCCGUCCAGUAAAGACUUCAACCAGUCAAGAUAAGGACUCAGCGUGCACAUCCUGGAUGGCUAACGUACCCGUGAAGCAAGAUGAGAAGAAAACAGUGCUAGAUACGGCACAAAGGCCCAGAAUACAUUACGAACAGGAUCAUUCUGAUCCUUUUCCAUUCAAAUGCCAAAAAGAAGGGUGUGACUGUGAAUUUUCGAUCCAAGAAGCGUUAUUAGCUCAUGAACAAUUGUGUGAACUGGAUAACUUCGAUCCGAUCGACUGCAUGAUAUGUGGUUUCACAAUGACGAGCAUCGGCUCUGUCCGAGAGCAUGAAAACAUCCACGUGCAAGCACGUUUCGUAUGUAAAGUGUGCAAAGCAAAGUUUCUCGAUAGAAAUAAGCUUAAAACCCACUGGAAGAAGCACAUUCAGAAAGCCACUGAAAUUGUCUGCCUAGAAUCGGACAACGAAGAGGAUAAUGCUAUGGCAAGCGAUGACACAGACGCAGACACACCGAGCUAUUUCUGUCCAAGAAAAAGCUGCAGAUUGGGAUUUUGCAGUAAAACAGACCUGGAUUUACACGUAAAAUAUUGUGGAGAAAAAUCCAACUUCAUAUGCACUGUUUGCGGUGUUGGACUAAAGUCUGCUUACACGCUUAAAAUGCACAUGGCUCACCACGAAGCACCAAAGCUUGAGUGUGAAACCUGCGGCAAGAAGUUUCAUACGGAACCGCAACUCAAGAAGCACAUGGGCGUGCACUCGAAUGAGCGGAAGUUUCAGUGCAAGGUGUGUAAAAAACGGUUCAAAUCUCGAGAAGCCAACCGAGUGCACCAGCGAAUCCACACCAACGAAAAGCCGUAUGCCUGUCACAUUUGCGAUCAGCGGUUCACCUACAAUUGUCUGCUGAAGACGCAUCUCGAGAAAGGCCACGAGGAGCAAGAACUCAAAAGUAAGCAGAAAAAUAUUCCGACGGUUUCACCAGUUCAGCAGCAGGAGGAGGUAAGUUUAGACAGUACUGCGACGUAAUAGGCAUAUUGUUACUUGUUGUAAAAUCCCCAAAAGAUAUUACUCGGCAGAAUUACGUGUGGAACUUUUUCUAAUUGGUCAUCUUCAUUUGGUCAAAACUUUUCGCUGAAUCAGCGUAUGUGCUUUUCUUAGUUAGUAAGUUGUUUUCAUUCCAUUGGAUGAUUAAAUCGAAUAGACUUAGAUUCAGUUCAUAGAAUC